UACGGUAGGUCAAUGUGCCCUUCCACACGUGUUGUCUGCAUCCUCUAGAAGCAGCGGUGCCGGUGGAGUUGCCAGGUCGUUGAGUGGCGUUAAACUAACUUAUUGUGUUGCUACGUACCUUAAUAUUUUAUAUAACCAUGCUAAAGUCAUUUGUCCGCGCGGCGGGAACCGCUGUUCGCCUUUCUUCCGCCACCACGUCCACAGCGCGAGCUCUGCCUCUCUGCUGCCCGGCGAUGCGCUCAAGUGUUCCGGCGACAAGUCGGCCCUUCACCCGCUCUCUGUGGAUGCUGAACAGCAGCGGAGCCUCGUCCGGCUACAGGCCCAAACUGUUCAGCUCAAAAGUGUUGAGUCCCUCGGUAUCGUGUGGAUGCGGAGGACUGCACACAGAAGGUGACAAAGCGUUUGGCGACUUCCUGACUGAUGAAAUCAAAGAAGAGAAGAAGAUCCAGAAAAACAAAGCCCUGCCUAAGAUGUCUGGAGGAUGGGACCUGGAGCUGAACGGCACAGAGGCCAAGCUCUCGAAAAGUGUUUCUGGGGAAAAAAUCUCUGUCACAUUCAACAUCAACAACAGCAUUCCACCCAACUUUGAGGAAGAGCUGGAACAAGGACAGCAGAAAUCAGCAGAAGAGGAGCCAGAAAUUGUGUCAACACCCAACUUUGUUGUUGAAGUAACAAAACAGGCUGCAAAGCAUUCCCUGGUGUUUGACUGCCAUUUUCCUGAAGAUGAGAUCAGUCACGGCGAAGGAGAAGAGGAGGCCGAUAUCUUUGCCAUUCGUGAGGUCAGUUUCCAGCCUGAGGGAGAUUUAGACUGGAAGGAGACUAGCUACACACUCAACACAGACUCUCUGGACUGGGCGCUGUACGACCACCUGAUGGACUUCCUGGCUGACCGCGGUGUUGACAACACCUUUGCUGAUGAACUGAUGGAGCUGAGCACGGCCAUCGAGCAUCAAGAGUACAUCAAAUUCCUGGAAAACCUCCAAGGCUUUGUUAAAUGUAAUUAAUAUUGGUCAAGCUAAAUUUUCUCUUUUCUUCAACUCAUCCUGUCGGUGGUGUGGUGAUACAGUAAGACUAAAGCACUCGGUGAGAGAUUGAUGUACGAUUGGUACACUAAAGCGACUGAUGACGACUCGCUUUAGUGUCUGUGACAGUGAGCCACGUCGACGGCACUUGUCAUAUUAAUACUUGGCUCAGAUGUGUUCUCUUUGUUAAAAUGUGACUUUAUUUUUCUGUAACUUAAGUGACAUAGUUCAAACCAUAUAUGUGAUACCCACAAAUGAUGCAGGUCAUGACAAUGUGCAGCAAUCCGAAUGAUCAAAAAGGUCUACAUUCAGCAGCUCCCAUUUCAGUCGGUUUAAUACAGUACACACUUAAUAUGUAUGAAUGUUUCAAUUACCCAAUAAAGGGCAAAUUUUUCAAGAACUGAAAUCAAACCAAAAAUUCACACUAAUAUCCGUCUUGAUUUUGGUUGCCUUGCAAGAGAGGUCAUGUUGGCUAAUAUCGAUCGGACUACGUUGGACUAUAAUGCAGGACACCUAAAUUUGCAUGACAUACAUCAGCAUGAUCAGAAGAUGGAGGGCCAGUGUCAAAUAAAACAGUUUGAUACCAGUA